AUGGCUGGCAAGCAGAGCCCCAUGCGCAUGUUCAUCAUGCUGCCCAUGAUCUUCCUCAUGGGCAAGAUCGAUUUUGAGAACGAGACGACGCUCAUGGCUGCGCGUACGGCAUUCUUUGUGUGUCAAGUUACGGCGCUGCUCGUUGGGCUCUACCUCAAGCAGCUCAUCGAGCGCAAACACGACACGCGCAAGAUCUUCGUGCCUGGCGUCAAGUCGCCCUUCGACCAGUCGCCCAACUACGGAGAGCUGACGGAGACGACGUACGAGGCCCACGAACUGGCCAAGGCCAACGAGUUCAUCAAGCAGACGCUAAUUGGCGCAGGUAUCUCGUCGCUCAUCCACUUCAAGAUGGGCGUCAACCACGUGGUCAUGAUCCAGAGCGUCAUGAUGCCCAUGAAUCUAUGGGACAACCCUCUCGUACAGGCCUACAUUCUGGGUCGUCGCAAUGGCCGCAUCUGGAACGAGCGUCUCGAGGGAGAGUCGGCCGAGGAUGCUGCUGCUGCGGCGGCUGAUGGAUCGGCCACUACGGUCACUGCUACGGGCACAGACGCGUCUACUAAGAGCAAGAAGUCGGUCUUGACACCCGAAGAAGCCAUUGCUGACGCUCUGGCGGCUGGUGCCGACGCCGAUUUUGACGCGCUCUGGACUGCAGUCAAGAGCAAGGUGAACGCCAAGACGGACGAGGACCAGUGGACUGCACUCAUGGUGGCCUGCGGCUCUCCCGUGGACACGGACGACUUCAUUAAGAAGAUUGUGAAGGCUGGAGCCGAUGUGCUUGCUGUGGACGGAGACGGAUGGACCGCACUGCACUGGAGCGCGUUCCAUGGCCGACCGGAGGCUGCAGAAGCUCUGCUGUCCAGCAUCUCGGCCUCCAAGCGCGAGCAGCUGCUGGCAAUCAAGGCAUCCGAUGGCCGGACGGCGGCUGAAGUCGCUAAGGGCGAAGAGAACGCCGACGUGGUCGAGAUCUUGGCCAGCUUCUCCAAGACUGAUGCUAGCGAGCAGGAAUCGACGCUGCGUCAGCGGAAGGCCGGCGCUUCGUCGGUGGAAGAUGUGGACUAG